AUGAAUGAUUUUAACAUGAAAAUGGAAAGAAUUGGUGUUGGGACAUUAUAUUUAAUAUUAAAUUUAUUAAGUAUUUUUGUUAAUAUUUUAUCAAUUACAACAUUUUUUUACAAAAAAAAAUAUUUCUCUAAAAUUCCAUUUUAUAAAUUUUAUUAUCAUCUAUCAUUUGCCAAUUCAUGUAUUAAUUUUACUCAGUUAUCUGUUGUUAUACCAUUUACCUAUUCUAAUAAUCUUGAAGACUAUGAAAAUUCAAUAUUAUAUAGAAUAUUUUGUGAAUUUGAUACAUUUGGAUAUAAUCUUAGUGUCAUGCUACUUCUUUCAUUAUCAUUGGAUCGUUUUUUAGUUUUUGCUUUUCCAAAAACUUUUUUUAGUGAUAAAAUAUCACGUAUAAAUAAAUUUAUUUUAAUAAGUUGGUUAAUAAGUAUUAUUAUAACUAUUGGACAUAAAUUUGAUUCAGUUUAUAAACUAUAUAAUGGUAUAGAAUAUGCAUUAUAUUAUAAAAUUAAUAAUUUAAACAAUAUUAAUAUAUCUUUAAUUAUAUCAGAUAUUAUAUCAAAAGCAACACCAAUAAUAAUAUUAUUAUCAUACAUUUUUUGUUUUAUUAGAUUAAAAUAUUCUUGUAAUAUACAAAAAUCAGGAUCAAGAAAUAAAUGGAAAUAUGAAAAGCAAAUAUUACUUCAAGGUUUAACAAUAUCAUUGUUUUAUGAAUUAGAAUCUAUACUUUUUUUGGAAAGAUCUCUUAUAAUUACGUUUUUUAAUCUAAAAAAUGUAAAAAUUUUUAAUAUUAUUGUUAAUUGUGUUGUUGUAUUGUAUACAUGUUACAUAAGUGCUUCAUUAUUUUUUUUUAAUAAUGUUGCUCGUCAACAUUUUUUAAAUAUUCUUAAAAAUUUAAAAGUUAUUAAUAGUAGUAGAAUAAUUCAUCCCAUAAAUACAGUACAAUUUUAA